CCAACUUCAUGUUGUAAAUCGUAUGACAAGCAGUUAAACAACCUUUCAUAAAAGUUUUGAUAUUGUACAAGUCAUCGUUUAAUCAUGAUGGAAGGAAUCGAGAUCAUUUUACCCGAAAAGGAUGAAGGAAGUCCUGCCGAACAGAAACAAACACUUCAAGAUAUGGAUUUAGAAGACUUAUAUACUAAAUAUAAGAAAUUACAACAACAGUUGGAAUUUCUGGAAGUUCAAGAAGAAUACAUUAAAGAUGAACAACGAAACUUAAAAAAAGAAUAUUUACAUGCUCAAGAAGAAGUUAAACGUAUACAAUCUGUUCCGCUUGUAAUCGGACAGUUUUUAGAAGCUGUCGACCAGAAUACGGGUAUUGUUGGAUCGACAACAGGCUCCAAUUACUAUGUUCGUAUUUUGUCUACAAUUGAUCGGGAAUUGUUGAAACCUUCUGCUAGUGUUGCUUUGCAUAAACAUAGCAAUGCUUUAGUGGAUGUUCUUCCACCAGAGGCAGAUUCCUCAAUUAGUAUGCUUCAAGCCGAUGAAAAACCCGAUGUGCAAUACAGUGAUAUCGGAGGUAUGGAUAUGCAAAAACAAGAAAUUCGAGAAGCUGUCGAAUUACCAUUAACUCAUUUCGAAUUAUAUAAGCAAAUUGGUAUCGACCCACCACGAGGUGUACUUAUGUAUGGUCCACCAGGUUGUGGUAAAACUAUGUUGGCUAAAGCUGUUGCUCAUCACACUACUGCGGCGUUUAUUCGUGUUGUGGGUUCGGAGUUUGUUCAAAAAUAUUUGGGUGAAGGUCCACGUAUGGUACGUGAUGUGUUUCGUUUAGCUAAAGAAAAUUCACCAGCUAUUAUAUUCAUCGAUGAAAUUGAUGCUAUUGCUACAAAACGUUUUGAUGCACAAACAGGAGCCGAUCGUGAAGUACAACGUAUUCUUUUGGAAUUGUUGAAUCAAAUGGACGGUUUUGAUCAAACUACUAACGUUAAGGUAAUAAUGGCUACAAAUCGUGCGGAUACAUUAGAUCCAGCUCUACUUCGACCAGGUCGUUUAGAUCGUAAAAUUGAAUUUCCAUUACCCGAUCGUCGUCAAAAACGUUUAAUAUUCAGUACAAUAACAGCUAAAAUGAAUCUAUCGGAAGAAGUAGAUUUAGAAGAUUUUGUAGCACGUCCUGAUCGUAUUUCUGGUGCUGAUAUUAAUGCUAUUUGUCAAGAAGCUGGUAUGCAUGCUGUACGUGAAAAUCGUUAUAUUGUCUUACCAAAAGAUUUUGAAAAAGGUUACAAGAAUAAUAUUAAAAAAGAUGAAAGUGAACAUGAAUUUUAUAAAUAAAAAAAUUCACCGAUUUUUAAUAUUAGUUUUUUUCUUUUCUUAUUUGCGCAUAAUAAUUAACUUUUGUCUAUAAGUUUUUUAAUUAAAAAAUUAUGGAAAAGAAUGUUUACAUUGUAAGGUAGUUUGUAUUCUCUAACGUUUGAAAACAAAAAUAUAACCUAAAAUGUA